AUGUUUCUCCUCACUCCAGUGUUGGUGGCGGUUGUCUGCAUCUUGGUGGUAUGGGUCUUUAAAAAUGCCGAUAGAAGCCUGGAGAGAGAGAAGGGGGCGGCUCGAACUCGCCCCUGGGUGGAUGAAGACUUGAAAGACAGCACUGACCUCCUUCAAGUGGAAGAAGACGCUGAUGAAUGGCAAGAAUCUGAGGAGAGUGUGGAGCACAUCCCGUUCUCUCACACCCGGUACCCAGAGCAGGAAAUGAAGACGAGAUCUCAGGAAUUCUAUGAACUCCUCAAUAAGAGACGCUCGGUCAGGUUUAUCAGCAGCGAGCCAGUCCCUAUGGAAGUCAUCCAUAACGUCAUCAAAGCAGCAGGAACAGCUCCAAGUGGGGCCCACACUGAGCCCUGGACCUUUGUGGUGGUGAAGGACCCAGACGUGAAGCAUAAGAUCCGAGAGAUCAUCGAGGAGGAGGAAGAGAUAAAUUACAUGAAGAGGAUGGGAGACCGAUGGGUCUCAGACCUGAAGAAACUGAGAACCAACUGGAUUAAAGAGUACCUGGACACCGCCCCAGUGCUGAUUCUCGUCUUCAAACAAGUGCACGGUUUUGCUGCAAAUGGGAAGAAAAAGGUCCACUACUACAAUGAGAUCAGCGUGUCCAUUGCCUGUGGCAUCCUGCUGGCCGCACUGCAGAACGCCGGGCUGGUGACAGUCACUACCACUCCCCUCAACUGUGGCCCUCGUCUGAGGGUGCUCCUGGGCCGCCCCUCCCAUGAGAAGCUGCUGGUGCUGCUUCCUGUGGGGUACCCCAGCAGAGAGGCCACCGUGCCUGACCUCAAGAGGAAAGCUCUGGACCAGAUCAUGGUGACAGUAUAGUCAGCCACCCUGUGCUGGGGUGACGCUUGCCUCUCUCCUCCUGGGACUGGCUUUGCUCCCUUUCUGAGUCAGGGCUCCUUUGCAAACCGGUGCACAGGGAAGGCGCUUCUCAUGUCAUAUCUUUCUGCACUCUCUAGAACUUUCUAUCCAUUAAGUACUGUUUUUGUUGAGCUGUUUUAAUGAACAUGUGGGGCAAGAGGUCAAGAAGCAUGCACACCUUAACUCCUUUACAAGAUUAUAGGUGAUUUUUUUUUCAUUUACUUAAAAAAAUAAUAUAGAGAAGUUACACUAGAUAAUUUACUAUAGUUCCAAGAGUUACCUCUACAAUGGUUUUUAGUUUAAAUGUUGACUAAUCAAGUGGUCCUUCAGUCCUCUGCUUUCUGGUGGCUUUGAGACUGUGAAUGGAGGUCUAUUCUGCCAUUGGACUUCAUGCAGACUCUGCUAAUCUUGAAUGAAUAACCAUUAAAGUCCCUAAAUUUUGGUACUCACAGAACCAGGGAGGGAUGUCUGCGUGCCAUGAUCUAGCUGACAGUUAUCUGAACAUGAUGAGCGAGCUGCAUGUGUCGGA